AUGCACGUUGGAGCAUUCCUUCAUCUCUUGGUAGCCGGUUUCGCCCUUUUUGAAUUGGGGUAAGUAAGCGGUUCCUAGGUCCUGAAAUGUAAACUUUAUUUAGCGAUUUUUUCCAGUGGGAGUGAGGGUGACGUCCUUACGCUAAUGAUUAUGAAUGCUUUACGAGCUGGCAUCUGACCCCUUAGAAGAUAUCGAACCUUACUUUACUCUAAAUAGUAUUUAACAUAUACGUCAGUGACUUUCCAAUCACAAGUGACUUUGUCUCCGUUUUGAUAAAAAUUGAUGUGUUUGACCCCAUUACUUUACAUUUCUAUAGUUCGUAAACUAUCUCCAACUUGAUUGUGUGUACCGGCUACUCUUAAAAACACUGAGAUGGUUACUAUUCAGCAUCCUUUGUCGAAUAUAUUAAGUUAGUUAGUUAGUUAAUGAAUUUCGAUAGUUGUUGCAGAUAGAGGGAAACAAAAAUUACCCUUCGCAUUUCCAAGUUCUCAAAAACACAGGAAGCGUAUGGUGCGCCUAAAAUGAGCAAACCAUCUCCACGGGCUGUAACGUCUACUGAUUUUCGGGAAAUUACUCAUAUUUUUGUGGCAGUCAACUCUAUCGUGUGCAUUAUGCGACUUGUGGAUUGAUGUUCGCUGCCAAAAAUCUCAAAAAGUCUAAUUAUAUAUAAAAGCACAACCCCCUGUUACUUAUCAGAGUGCUCUUACACUAUGAUACUCAAGUCUAAGCCAGUAUUUCACAAAAACGUAUUUAAUUAACACGGAAAUAUGCAUAACAGCGACCGUGUAACGGUAAUAUGCGUCAAUUUUAGGUAUGGCCAAGGUUUUUGCAACUGGAGUAGACGUAUAAUCCCAAGUGGAGCGACCGGACACUUCACUGCGGAAGUGCCCAUAUACUAUAGUUAUAGGGUAAGUUCAUAAGUCGUUAAAGUGUUUAUAAAUCCAAUAACUUCUGAAUACCGAGCGCGCUUCUAAUGUUAUGUAUGAUUUGUAGUGUGGGUACAUAAAUAAUGUACCCUUCGGAACAUAUCCAUGGGCGAGGGGCUGGUGCACGCACAAACAGGACUAUUUUCGGUGUUCCUACGGAAAACGUAUGCUCCAGAUCAUUUUUUAUUCCUUGGACGGAGAUUUGCUAUUAAUGCAAAAGGUUUUGCAGCACACUUUAGUAGCCUAUUACGGACAAAGUACUUUAUUACAUCGACAGAUUACGAUCACCUGUGUAAUUAAAUAACUGUUCCUCUCCUCAACAGUGCGUUUAACUUAUUUUUAUGGUGCAUUUCUUUCUGAUAUGCAACAUUGCGAUGUGUAAAAAUUAGAGUGUCAUGUAACUGUUCAAUCCCCUAAAAUCUCUAUCAGCUGAUUGGUCCUAUUUGUUGUCAAUCUUCUAAGGUGACGGCACACACACGACGGUCCUUACGCUCCCACAAAUCGAAACAAUUUCGUAUGUCAUGUUAGAAGAUAGCCACCCAAUCACUCUUCACAGACCGGAUGAUAAAACCGUCCGUACGUACGGAAAAUUCCCUUUUUGACUUAAAUAUUCGAUUCGCCCCUUUUUGCGUACGCCUUCAAUAACGAUUGCUUUUUGUGCAAUUAUAUUUGAUUAAAAUGCAUUCUUCUAUAGCUGGCUUUUACGUAAAGGAGAACGAUCAAUUGGACGUCCGUUCGCAGUACUACACAGUCGCUUUGUGGUGGCAUUUCAAUGGCAAUGAAUCUGACCUACAUAAUGUAAGCUAUUCAAGACCGACGCCUAUGAUCUUAUACUAAGUUGGGGCCGAUGAAGUUCACAGAAUCAUGUUUUUCUCCUUGACAGAUCAGUUGUUACUUAAAUGGAAGACGUUUUUGUAGUGGAGUGAGGCCGUAUGGAACGAAAGGACGCACAAAAUGCGGUAAAAGAUAAAUUAUUAUUGGCAUUUUCUGCGACAUUUAGUGUUACAACGGUUUAUAGCAAUGUUGUUAUCACCAUAGUUGGCGAAUAUCGGUUGUAAGUUGAACCGUGGUAUAAACAUCAGCAAAGGAUUAGUGUUGGUACCUUUUCCGAAGCGUGUGCACAAUGUAUUGUGAUGGGUUAUGAUUUAACCAUUUGUUUUUGUAGUUCAGAUAUACUCACUUGGCGUUUUGAGUUGACCCAGUUUCUUAAAGCACUUUGAUAUUGAGAAGUUUAAUCUCAAGUGCUGCAGUACAAUCUCCGAUUUAUUUACAACUAUUUUAGGUUUUCAGAAGGCAGAGGGCAGAAUACACAUAGGAUACAUGUUUUACAAACCAGAAACACGGUUCGGAUACUAUUACUGUUACGUAGACAAGGAGCAAACUAGGGCCCUCACCUAUAUCGUCGAUUGGAAAGGUUAGUUUAAAAGUGCUUUUUUAGUCCUAUGCUAAUUACGCGCGGUACUCUACAUGUUACACAUCCCAAUUCUCACUAAUGUAUCUGACCGACCCCAGAUAUUGGUAUGUCUUUCCAAUUUCAAGACAUUGCAAAUUAUGCAUAUUCAGUGAUCAUUAUCCAAAUGUAAAAUCUUACUUCAGGGUACCAUCUGAUGAGCUCGAAGUGCUAAUGAGAUCCACUCGAAACAUUUUGAAUGAACGCAUGUUUAUCUAUUCAUUUCGUUGUCAUUGCAAAACUUAAGUCGUGACGAGAUGCGUAAAAAACUGCAACGACAAAAGAACGCACAUGGUGUAUUUACUAAGUCAAUCAGAUCUGCCAAAAUAAGACUGCAUCGGUGAGUAAGAAUUUUUAUGGUCGCAGGAAUUGACGUAUUUUGAGCCUUUUUCGAGGAAAAACUCAGGGAUGAGUAUUUGCAAACAUUCAAUGUUUCCUAUGUCACCGACGUCAGUCGUUUUUGGCUCAGGUCAGUGCGGGAAAAAUGCUCGAGAUUUUAAAAUAAAGUGCACUCUUUGAAUCUUUAUAACUGCAGCCUACAUACAAGGCUGCGCUUUCGUCUACCGAAGUGUCGGAAGUCAUUCACGCAACAACCUUGAAGUAGCAAUUGAAAACGUGAUAACUAGGACAAAUCCGGCCUCUAUGAACAAUGAAACGACAUUGACUUAAUGCGAGCGCACGUCAACUGUUCAAUAAAUAGUGGUGUGCUGGCAAUGUGUAGGCGAGGUUGUUCCUUGCAUGGAAUACUCGUAUCUGCUUUUGUCUCAGAUGAUGGGUUCGAGCAGCAAUCAGAAACGUUCGGCUAAUGAAGCUCUUGUCCCGACGAUCGUAUCUGUUUCUUCACAUAUAUUUUUUUGUCCGCCAGUUGUGAGUUGGAGGCAGUGAGCUUGGUCUGCUUCCUGGAAUGUAGCGAACCUCAAAUGAUUGUGCAUUUGGCAGUUUUGUGAAACCCCUUGGCAGGGAUAAUUUAAUAUCAGGCAGUCUUAAAAUUUAAUCUAAAUACACAGUUAAAUACCAAAUGCCUAUAAUGGGUAAUUAAGUGCAGGAAUUCAAGAUGAAUUUUAUCUAGGCUUUUCCUGUGUGCCAGACGUAGUAAUUAUUUUGGGCCCCAACUCUCGUGGUAAAUAAACGCGCCAGUUUGUUAACACGAGUCAAAUAAAUAGUUUAUAAUGGAUUUAAAAUGUCUCUUUGCACUUGUCUUAAAUAACUAUUUUAAAAGACUUUGAUUUUCACGAAUGGAAGAGAAUAUGCGCAUCCCAGGUUCUUGUUUAAAAGAGGACGAAGGCACAGCUCACAUCGCCGCGAAGAGCAAACGGCGUCAACGCGCCGGGGGACCAUCGUUGACCAGGCGGCAUAAACCAGACCUAGCCACGGACGUAGUCCCCCCUUGCGACAAAACGAUAUAAAUGUGCACACGUUGCCGCAUUCUAGCAGUCUCUGAUGAUGAACCUCAAUGCGAGUUCGAAAGCUAAAGCCAGUAAAUCUACCGUCCCAGUGAUCGUGCCCUCGUCCUCUUUUAGACUUGGAUUCUGAUCAUAUAUGAGAGCUGCGACAAACAGUUAACCCAUCCACAACUACUACCACAACGGCUGUAUAAUCAAGUUUAUCUGACAUGGUUAUCAAACUGAAAUCACUGCCCAUCCGGACCCAUUAUAGAUGCCAAAAAAACGAGGGACACGUCUAUCAUGGCAGAGUUGAAUGCGCAUCGGAACACUACGAACGUCCCGCCUAUAACAACCUCUGGUGCAAACAUAAUGCCGUGUAAGUCGUUGACAAACCGCAGUUCGGUGUGUCUAUGCGGCAAUAUACGGAAAUAGGGAGCUUCGUUAAUGCAGUUGUCCUUGAGCCAUGUUCUAGAGUGUCUGCUUAAUCCCGUGCCAUCACACUGACACACUUACCCUAAGUCUAACUCAGCUCGUACACUAACCCUGACCUCAAAGUUAACCCAAACCCUAUCUCGAACUGAAUCCACCACACUAAUCUCCAAGGGAUUUAAUGCAAAGCGGUUCUUUAUUCGCUCGUCAUACAGCCAAUAUUAAUAAAAGGCCGUAAGGUAAAAUGCUGGAUAAAUAUUUUGACAAUUAAUCGCUUGAUUCUUUUUACAUACGCUGCCUCUAUUUUUAGCUCAUUAUUGAGACGAACACCGACAGUUUGACCUAACUGUCGUACAUUAUUUAUAUGCAAAACUGCAAAAUCAGCUGACAGUUUUUACAGUUGCCAGAUUCAAAAAACUUGUACUUUAUUUGAAACCUUCAGGUGAGGUCUCACUGGCGUGGAUGUGGAUGGUUAUAGCAAAGCAACUGGGAGCAAUGUGA